AUGUCUCUGUUGAAUUCUGCUUUUUUCGUCUUGCAUAUCGGACAUACAUUUGCAUGUCAGCUUGUUAUUUACGACCACUUAGCUCACUGUGCAGGGACGCCAUCACCGAUAGAUACAGCUUCUCGAUCUCAGCAAGCCGCAGACAUUCUCGGUUACAAAAAAGUCAACCAGCAAAGGAACGCCGAUAUUGUCGAGCUCAGCCAGAUCGACAGCUACCAGAUCGAUGCAGGAGCUACUCCACCAGCUCUGGACAAGAUCAAGCUUGCCGAGUACCUCAAAGGUGGCCCAUCAAUUAUCAAUAGGCCAGACCCGGCGUCGGGCCCCACCCCAUUGGCAGUUAUACGGAAGGGAAAUUCUUCCACUGUGAAGCUCCUAUUAGAUAAUGGCGCGAACCCAGACACGAAGACUCAAGAUGGAAGAACGCCAAAGCAGUGGGCCAGAAUGAUACAGCUUCUUCUUGCCAAGAACCUAGCACUGACAAGCUGCAGCCUCCGUAAAGGGGGGCUCAUAACCUACAUUAACGAGGAGGUACUGAAGGUUCUCGCCUACUUUGACAUUUGGAGCCCCCUUAUAGUCAUCUCCGAUGCUGCAUCUAGGACUUAUUACAAACUUUCAGGGUCUAACCCAGCACCAGGAGAGGAUAUCGCAGAACACCAGAGAGUAGAGGAUUUCAAAAAUAACCUGAAUAAUCUGUUACUAUCGCUAAUAAAAUGUAAAAGGGGCGGCCUCGAAAAGUUCUUCCCUCCCAACGAUCCCUAUCUUACAGAUGUGGCUAAAAAGGCAUUCGAACUCAAGAAUGAUCCGAAGAAUCCUUUGAACUCUCCUUCUCAGGUCGACGGUCUUGCCAAAUUAGCAUUGUAUCAACCAAUUCUAUAUCGCGACGAUAGCGGGUCAAUGUGCAGCGUAGAGAAUGGUCAAGGGAAGGGAGAUAGAUGGCGCGCCCAGAUUGAACUUGUCAAACGAAUUAGCAGCAUCGCUAGCCGGAUAGACCCUCUUAACAGAGUCUGUCACCCUCGGUUCAUCAAUAAACAAACCCCUGAUGCUAAUGGCCUCACUAAGUACCAGGUUGAACAGAGAAUCCAAAGCUUUUAUCCCGAGGACUGGACACCGAUCGGUACAAAGUUGAGGGAGAACGUCCUUGACCCCUUCAUCUACAAGGACGUUGGUGCGGAGAAAGCCGGCAAAGGUGGUUCCACAGGCAAGCUAGACGAGAACGAGAACGAAGACAUGGAUCGAUUCCGCAAGGAGAUCCACGAAUGCGCCAUGAAAUUUGAAAAUAGUAAAGAUAAUUAUAGGAAAGACAGUAGCCAGAUCCGUAAGAAUAUCAGCUACGUCGAAGACGAGCUAAAGGCGAAAGCGUACCUAGACGGCCUAGAGUAUGAUGUCGAUAUCCAGGACGUCCUCCUCUAUCGGACAGCAGAACUUAUGGAUUCACGAUACGAAGAGCUUAGAGAGAAUGAAAAGGACUUGGAACGCUGGUUACUCAGUACCUUGCUGUCCCCUCUACAGUCGCUUUACAACUAG